AUGGCUUUAUCUCGAACUGUUGCAAAGAAAGUUUUGGCUGUGGAAACGCCAGAAGGCGCUGGAGCUCUGGUUAGGCGAAGCAUCGGUUCCAUGACUCUCAGGAAUCUAACGCCCUUCCUUAUGCUCGACCAUUUUCAUGUAUCGCAAGGAGCAGGCUUCCCUGAUCAUCCCCACCGUGGGCAGGCCACAGUCACGUAUAUGUUAGAGGGGACAAGUCGGCACGAGGACUCAGCGGGCCACAAGGGUACCAUUGAACAAGGCGGGGUUCAAUGGAUGUGCGCCGGAAAGGGUAUUAUACACGCUGAGAUGCCCGUUCAUGCCCACGGUGCGCCUGACCCUCGAGGCCUACAAUUAUGGAUAGAUCUUCCGAAAGAGCAUAAAAUGGUGGAACCAUCGUACCAGGAGUUGGGACCUGAGCAAAUUCCUACUGCAUAUCCAGACGGUGUUGAUGGCAGUGUCAGAAUCAAGAUAAUCAGUGGCAAGAGUCACGGAGUCGAAUCACCAGUGAGACCCCUUGGAGGCUGCUGGUACUUCCAUGUCAUUUUUGACAAGAAGGAUACGACCGUCUUCCAAGAUAUCCCUUCUGGUUGGACUGCUUUUAUCUACAUCUGGAAAGGAUCUGUUAUCAUUGGAAACGACACUAUUGCUACUAAUGCAUUCCACACGAUUACUCUGUCGAGCGAGCCUGAGUCGACGGGGGUUUCAGUGAAAGCUGGAGACAAUAAUACCGAAUUCAUACUGGUUGCAGGGGAACCAUUGGAUCAACCUGUUUACCAGUAUGGGCCAUUUGUAAUGACUACCCGUGAAGAGAUACAGAAGACGCUUAUUGACUAUCAAACCGGAAGGAACGGGUUCGAAAAAGCGCACACUUGGCGUAGUGCUAUAGGUCAGGGAGCUUGAUACGUAUAGUACCGUUAUGUAGUUGCAGACACUGAAAGUAGUGGAAAUAAUUUGAGCUUGGCACAGCCACCUUUCACCUUC